AUCUGAGUAUCUCGUGCUUAGCAUCAUUAUCCAUAAGUAGGACAUCGCUACAUUCUUUCCAUCAAAUAUACUUCCUUGCAUUCUAAACAAUUUCCGUCCACCUACAAGUCUCCAAUCUGACUUUCCCACAGAUAACCCCGCUACAAGGCCCCAAAAUGCCACCCAACAAACGCUGCCUCCUCUGGGACUGGACAAACACACGCGACUGCCCCGAAAAGAUAUUCCAAAUCCCCAUCCCCGGCCCCAUCACCUCAGUCGCCAACUGGAACACAUGGCAACCCCCCGAACUCCCCCCCUCCAUCCCCUUCCGCCCCACAAUCCGCACUCCCGCCCAGCUUUCCGGCCAAGACUGGUCCAACAUCCUCUCCUCCCCUUCCCCUAUAAUCCACUACCUCAACGAGCCGGAACGCUCCGGCGUCACUCCCUCUGAGGCUGCGGAGCUGUGGUUCGAGAAAAUCGUUCCGCUGAUGAAAGAGAAAGGGAUCAAGGUUGUUGGCCCGAGUUGUGCUUCCGAUGCCCCUGGGCUAGCAUGGCUCGAAUCCUUCAUGUCCCUCCUGAAAGCUAAAGGAGAAGAGCCCGAUUUUUUGGGGCUGCAUUAUUAUGGUCCCGAGCCUGAAGCAGCGAUUAGGUAUUUGGAGGAGAUGCAUGGGAGGUGGCCGGCGAUGAAAGUGGUGGUUAGUGAGAUUGCGUGUACGAGUCGGGAGUAUAGGGCUGUGGUUGAGUUUACGGGGAAGCUGUGUAAUUGGAUGGAUGAGAGGGAGUGGGUGGUUGAAUAUGCGUUUUUUGGGUGUGUGAGGGAGGUUGUGGAUGCGUUUGUUAGUCCUGAGGCGCAGUUGAUGGGGAAGGAUGGGGGAUUGACGGAGUUGGGGGUUAGGUAUAUGGGGGAGUGUCCGUGGGUUGUUUGAGGUGUUGGGUUGUGCUGUUGUCUUGAUGGUUGGUUAUGUUAAGUUGAAUUUUGUAUGCAUGACUUUCUCGUCUAUCUUUAAGUCAGUAGAUAUCUAC